GGGCCGCACGGCGGGGCUCCCGCAUUCUCUCGGAGCCGCACCCGGUGUGCGGUCCGAAGCAGCAUGGCUCUCCACCUUGUUCUUCUUGUCCUCUUGCAGCCGGCGAUCCAGGCUACGUUGACGUCCUCGGAUCCGGAGCCGACCUGGGGAUCUCUUACAAUACCAGUACCAACCAAUCUCACCUUUGAGGCCUAUAAUUUGAAUACUCUGCUACAUUGGGAUUACCCAAGAACGCGAGAGACCCCUGUUUUCAAUGUAAUGGUAAAAACCUAUACACAUGGAAAAUGGAUUAAUGCCUGCAAUACUUCCCAUCAUUACUGCGACAUUUCCUCCCAAAUUGAAGAUCCUUCAGUUUCUCUCUGGGCCAGAGUUAAAGCUUAUCUUGGACAAAAAGAAUCUACCUAUGCAGAAUCAAAAGAAUUUAUUUUGUGUCGACACGGAAAAUAUGCACCACCUACACUGAGUAUUGGAAAGAAAAAAGACCGAUUAAUUAUUGAUACUUAUCACCCAUUAACAGUUGUCACUGGAGAAGAGUUGGAACAAAUGUAUGAUGAUGACACUUGUCAUAUGUUUUCAUAUCAUAUUUAUAUAAGAAUAGAUGAAAAUAAGACCAUUAAUAUUACAUGUGAUCCAUUUGAGGAAGAUUACGAGACUGUGUGCCGCUCCAGCAUUCCAUUGGGGAUACAGAAAUCUAACUACUGUGUGUCAGCCCAAGGAGUCUCAGUUGAUUGGGGCGUUAAAACUGAAAUGUCCCAAGAUCUUUGUAUUACCAUUUCCAAAGAUACCCAUAAUUGGUUAAACAGUUUUUUGAUUCCAACCAUUGUUGCUUUCAUAGUCUUCCUGGUAUUCAUUGUGAUAUUUGCAUACUGUCGCAUGAAGGAGAUUAAUCCAUUCAAGAGAAAAAGCAUCACGUUACCCAAGUCCUUGGUGUCUGUGGUAAAAAAUGCCACAGCAGAGGUAAGGCCUGAAUCAAAAUACGUAUCUCCUGUCACCUACCAGGCUAUCAUCCCAGGACCUGAGAAGGUGCCCUCUGAGGAGCUGUUGCCUCCAGCAACGGUUUUACCUAUGCAUCCCGAAGACAAUCCUGAGAAAGCAGAAUGCAGAGAGCUUUGCAGUGAAUCCGAAGUAGUGACCACUGACACAGAUAUUUCUGAAGUGACUCCGGAAAAUUCUCUGAACCUGAAUUCUCGGCUUUCAAGUAGUAACCAGUCCGACCCCUGCAGCUUUGCGUUGAACUCCUAUCACUCCAGAAAUGGUUCUGAUAGUGGCCUGGUGGAAUCAGGAAGCUUUGUAUCAGACUCAGAAUUUUCUUCAGACAGUAAGACUAAAGGGAAGACAGAAAUACAAGAGGGAAAAAAUACCACAUCCUUUGGUUAUGACAAACCACACGUGUUAGUGGAUUUACUUGUGGAUGAAGGUGGUAAAGAGUCCCUGAUUGGUUAUAGACUCACAGCAGAAUCCAAAGAGUUUUCAUAGUGUCAGCCAAACUGUUCCAAUGGUGAGGCUUCCGCUUUUCCUGAAGAGUUCACAACAGAAUCCAAAGAGUUUUCAUAGUGUCAGCCAAACUGUUCCAAUGGUGAAGCUUCCGCUUUUCCUGAAGAGUUCAUUGUCAUGAAAAGACUUCAGGAAAAGAUUAUUUCUUCAGAAAUUGGACCAAAUGGACGGUCUGUUAGCCUGGUCUCACCCAUCCAUCUGAUUAGCGGUAGCACUGUCCAGUUAGCAUGGUUCUUCUGAAUGUGGUUUACAUCCUGGCGUCCUUUCUAACUGUCACAUGAGGAACAAUGGAUUAUUUUCUGUGUUUCCAUGUAUUUGUUUCCAGAAAUUUUAAGUGUUAAUACUGCUUUCAGAAGAAAUUUGGAGAAUUUUUUAAAGUAGCAUUUAAUAUCUAAACCAGGAUGAGUUAUGAUAGGUAAAUAGAAUCAUCUGUAUAUAUUGUACAAAAUAUUAUACUCUUUUUAAAUAAAGUCUUUUUGAUUUAUUAGUA